UGAAUUUAUAUUCAAAAGUUUUGGCUAUAAUCUAAGAAAAUUUUCGCAACCCUCUCCUACUAUCUAAUAUUUUCAUAUACGCCGCCUUAAAUUUUUGCCCCUGUGAAUAAAAGCGCAACAAAUCAUACAGUCAGAGUGUAGGAAGAGGUUGGGGGAAGGGCUUUGUUUUUACCCUUUUCGCUAGUCGAUGACUUGUAAUGUUUAGAAAACAAUCGAAAGAUUUUUAGGGAAGGAAAACUAAAAAAUAAUAGUAAAAGUGAUGGCAAGAACAAUUUAGCGAGAUGCAAUUCUCUCUGGAACUUACUGCUUUAUUACCCAAAUAAUCUAAUAGUGUGGACGAAGACAAAUCCAAUUGUAAUUAACUUCAUCGUCACGGCAAGUUACCUGCAACGAAUAUAACGAAUAAUUGUUUGCCUAACAAAAAGAACAAAACUAUUGCGUUUUUUGGGACAAACAACCGCUCGGAACCUGUUGCUUGAGGGAGAUCAAUUUCCGGGAAUCCAGAAAGAUCUGCAUGGAUAUGGAAAAUCAGCGAUUUUCUUUGCUCUUGUUGGAGCCAGGAGAGAUAUAUUUUGAAGACUUCUCGGUUGAUGUAAUCAACGAAAACUUAUCGCCUUGUAAAAAUGAACAUCGGAUGAAUGGACGGUUGAAGAUGUGUUCCAAAUCUCUGGUAUUUGAAGCAAAAAAUAAUUUGCAAUAUCCUCUUAUUAAAAUAAUGUACAGGGAUUGCACCAAUAUAAGCCGAUACCCCAAAGAUGCAUCGAAUAUUUCGGAUUGUUCAGAACUUUGCCUAGAAUGUCAUCAGUUUAUUGAAAUGCUCAAUGAAAACCUUAUUCAACCUUAUCGAUUUAUACAGAAAAAGACCAUAUUUAUUGUAAACUUUCACUACGCUAAAUUAGAUGAGUGUCUUCAGCAAAUAAGUCAGCUGUUUCGUGCCGCUACAUUGAGUUCACAUGAACAAAACAGUAUGAUUGCCACUAUAACGUACUCUCGCCAUAGUCGUAUCAAAUUCAAUCCCUUGUGGUUGAACAACUUAUACGAACGAACUAUAGCUGAUUUUCAAAUAGAGGAAAUUAACCCAUUGGUUGUCAAUCCUGGAAGGCUUCUUUUGACUAAUUCAUUUAUUUAUUAUCAACUUUACAACAACAUUCACACGAUACCUGUCGUUAAAGUGCCAAUUAAAUCAAUUGUAGGAAUUUCAAAACACCGUUAUCUUUUGCGCCAUAUUGGUUUGAAAAUUCGAUGGAAAGACAGCAACCAGCCCAAUUGUGCCGAACGCUGUUGGUAUUUCGCCUUUCAAGAUCAAACUGAAAGAAACGAUUGUUAUCGUAGUAUAUCUGAGCAAAAUGAUUACUCAGUUGUUGAACAAAGUCCAGAAAGCACGACAUUGAAGUGGCAAAAUGGAAUUAUUUCAAAUUAUGAUUAUCUUUUGUACCUCAAUAGUCUUGCUGACCGUUCAUUUCAAGAUUUAACACAAUAUCCUGUUUUUCCGUGGAUAAUUACAGAUUAUUGGUCAGCUGAAUUAAACCUAAAACAUUCGAAUGUUUACCGCGAUCUUUCAAAACCUGUUGGAGCACUAAAUCCUGAACGCCUAACACGACUAAAACAACGGUAUGAAGAGAUGUCAGAGCCAAAAUUCCUGUAUGGUUCUCACUACUCGACACCCGGUUUUGUUUUAUAUUAUCUUGUUCGAAAGCAUCCUGAUUUAAUGCUUUGCCUACAAAACGGAAAGUUUGAUCAUCCAGAUCGGAUGUUCAACUGUGUUGGUGAUGCAUUCAAUAAUUGCAUGAAUAAUAUGUCUGAUUUUAAAGAACUGAUUCCGGAAUUUUAUGAUGUGAGCAAACAGGGCGAUUUUCUUCUUAAUACAAUGAAAAUAGACUUCGGACUGCGUUCUGAUGGGACGCCUGUGCAAAAUGUUACGUUGCCUCCAUGGGCAUUGAAUUCUCCGACACGAUUCGUACAGGUACUGCGGGAAGCGCUUGAAUCUGACAUUGUUUCUAGUCAAUUGCAUCAUUGGAUAGAUUUGAUAUUCGGCUACAAACAGCAAGGAACGGCAGCAUUUGAAGCCGAUAAUAUUUUUUACCAUCUAUGCUAUGAAGGAUCCGUUGAUUUAAGUCUUAUAAACGAUUUGGUGGCAAGGCAUGCUGUUGAAGUUCAAAUUUCCGAGUUUGGGCAAAUUCCCAAACAAAUAUUUCGUACAGCACACGUAUCUAAGUUAAUCAAAGUACCUUUAUGCUUGGGGAGCGAGAGAAAAAUUGAGUUGAAAAAAGAAAUAGAAUAUUUUUCGCAUAAAGCUAUAAUAACUGCUCUGGCUGUAGAUGCAAUCACCGGUAACAUUUUCACAACCAGCAAAGAUGGUACCAUGACUUGUUACAAUACACAUGAAAAACGAAAAAUGCGUAGUGUUCAGGUCAGCGACUUGCCGCUCAGUUCUGUCCAGUUAUCUUCCGAUGGAUCAAUCAUUCUCGGUGGCUGGGAUAACACUAUCAUAAUCUACAAUAUGGAUUUCGGAAAAAUCUCUUGUACGAUUCCAGCUCAUGAUGAUGCUGUAUCAUGCUUAUCGUAUAUUUGCCGUCAUAAUUUACUUAUAUCUGCAAGUUGGGACUGUAGUAUAAAAAUCUGGAGAGAUUAUCAUAACGAUUCGGUCAUUGGCUACCUCGUAGCCGAGGAAAAAAUUAUUUCUAUUGAUACAUACAACGAUGAACGGUACAUUCGUGUAGCAGUUGGACUCAGCAAUGGAGAACUAUUGCUGUACGAAAUCGAUUCUAAAAAUGUACAGAUGUCCGCUAUAUCCACGAAGGAUAACCACAAGAUUCUUGUGACAUACGGACAUGCGGUUCGUGAUGUUAAGUUUAGCGGAAAGGGUACUUUAAUCGCAUCCUGUAGCGACGAUAAGCAAAUGUGUGUGAUAGAUUCUCAAAGCUUUAUGAAAAUUUGUGGAAGAGAGUUUGAAUCUAGUGUUCGUUGCCUUAACUGGAUUAAGAAUGAUCAGUAUCUACUAAUAGGUGAUCAUGCUGGAACUGUACACGUUUGGAACAUGGUUCAAGGACUGAUACAAUAUCGAGCCAGCUUACACAGUGAUACGGUCUAUUGUAUCGCUCCUUGGAAUAAUGUAGAGAUUGUCAGCUGUGGUAAAGAUGAUAAUAAGUACUGUAUUAAAAUCUGGAAAUUUUCUGAAUUAUAAUUCAUUUUAAAAAUAAUAUGAUUAUUUAUAUCCGGUAUUCCAUAUUCCAUUAUUGUAUCAAAACUGACUAGAAUUUCAUUUUCUACACCAUGCGAAAGAAUAUAAUAUACAAAUCUAAAGUAUGCUUACAUAAUUAGUUGCCACAAAAUUCAAAGACUUGGUCAAUCAACUCAGUAAUCGUACUGACUCGU